UUUUAAAAUCCAAGAUUAGAGCAAGAGGAAAAGGAGGGCGGGACCAACCAGUAUGUAUGUAGCUAGCUAGCUACAGAUUAACCUGCGGCCUGCCUCUCUAUCUAGUGAGGAAACUAACCACGGAACGGUUGGCGAUGAAGUUGUUGCGUUUUUCGCUCCUCGUUUUGGGGGUUUUCUCGCUGUGCUGCGCCACGUCUGGCGACAGCAACGGCGUGAAGAAGAUGAAGAUGCAGUUUGCUACGGGACCCCUUCUAAAAUUUCAAAUUUGCAUUUCCUGAGGGUACAAGCGGGUGUUUGAGGAGUACACGCAGGCCUUGUACCAGCGGUACCCAGACAUCCGUAUUGAAGGGGAGAAUUAUCUUCCUGUUCCCCUUUAUAGACACGUUGCUUCCUUCCUGUCUGUGUUCAAACUGUUGGUGAUUGGACUGAUUAUUAUCGGCAGGGACCCAUUCGCCCUUUUUGGUAUGCAAGCCCCAGGCAUCUGGGAGUGGGGCCAGGGAAAUAAGAUAUAUGCCUGCAUGAUGGUGUUCUUCCUCAGCAAUAUGAUUGAAAACCAGUGUAUGUCUACAGGAGCUUUUGAAAUCACAUUAAAUGAUGUUCCAGUGUGGUCAAAACUAGAGUCGGGUCACCUUCCCUCCAUGCAGCAGCUUGUGCAAAUUCUGGACAACGAGAUGAAGAUGAAUGUUCACAUGAACACAGGAUCACACCACCACUCCUAACCCUACUCGUCACAUCCUGGCUCCAGCUGAAAGCCCCUCCAUGUUUGAGGUGGGUUUCUCAUUGGGCUGUGAAGUGAUGUUUAUGAAGGUCUGCGCUGAAGGCAGGAAGACUGCUAGCACAGACUGGAUGCCCCCAUCAAUCUUCACCAUGCCCCUUAGAGACGUCCCGCCCCUGACACCAGAGUGGGAUCCAUGGCAACAGUGCCGGCCAUUAGUUUGUCGUUUUAUUGUAUAUUCAUACUACUGCAGAUUUCAUCCAGGUGACUUCAGUGGUCCCUUAAGGAGAGAUUUAACAUUGAUUCUUACAACUUGCUGUGUAUGAUUUAUCUAUGUGGAUUUAAAAAACAAAAAAAAAAAAAAAUGUCAUUUGUACUACUGAGCCACAUGCAGAAUUUUAAGUUUAUUGUUCUAAACAUAGCUUAGUCAUGUAGAAAAUGCAACACUUACAAUCACUGUUGUGAAAAUAACAUUGGGAAAUUGUGUAUUGAUAUGAUUUCUGAAUAAUUUUUAUAUUUGCAUAACCUUAAGGAAGCUAAGAAGAUUAAUAAAACGUAUUGUAACUAUUCAA